GGGCCGACCUCAGUAAGGGUUUUGCCGCCGACGGCAAUUCAGACGAAGAGCCAUUUUGUCCGUUUCACUCUGACAUGGAAAGGCCAUGGCUUCCCUUAUUCCUACUAAUUUAGCUUCGAUGACACAGCACAAAAACACUCAUGCUGGCUCGAGAUGUCCCAAAGGAACUUCCUUUUCAUCUACUAGCUCUGCGUUGCUCACUGAGCUAUCCUCCGAGACAUCUGAAGAGAAUGGCAAUGUCGUCAGCAUCCAACGACAUCAGUGACGAAGAAACAUCUCUACUCAACGGGUUACGCCGCCGGCGCCUCAGCUAUUGCACGACCUGCGCUGCGUCUGACUCGGAGGAUGUGGAAUACACGUCUUCUAACACCUCUACUACGUGUACAGCUGUCAAUGUGGGAAACUUCCAACGCAUUAUCACUCGGGCUCCAGCGAGGCGGGCUCGUGGCCCGUUUACUUCUGCUUUAGAACAAUUUCAACCUGGGCGACCUCAGCCCCGCUCUUCAGCCCAAAGGGUGGAAAACUCGGAGCCGAGUGAAUCUAUCGCAGCGCCCGCCAGCCAGCAUACGCAAGUUUCUUGCAAUUGUCGACCAGUCGGUUGGGGUCAACUGAUAUUUGCUGGGUUGAUCAGCGGGAUGGUUGUUAUUUCGUCUCUAGCACUAGUCUUCACCGUUGCUUUGACUCGGAGGGUAUAUGUGUCAGGAUUAAAAUCUUUGUUUUGACUGGGUCUCUGUACCAUAACCGCCAUUCUUCGUAGCUUCAUUAAAUAAUAGUACCUGUAGGCUCCUUAUUACCCAGAACGUUUG